UUAUCAUGUUUCACCACAACAAGAAAUCAAGCAAAACUUGCUAAAUAGAGGAAUAAUAUUUGACUUUUGUUGAGUUUUACUACUUUUAUUAGUGUUUUAAGUAUGGCUAGGGUUAAGGCUUUAGGCUUUCUUGCUUUGCUUGUUUUGUCAACUCUUGUUAUGGUCUCAGAGGGUCGGGUGGCACGUAAAGAUUUGGGCCUAGAUUUGGGUGGUGGUGUAGGAGUGGGUGUCGGUGCUGGGGUAGGGUUGGGCUUAGGAGGUGGAAGUGGUUCAGGGUCCGGUGCAGGAGCAGGUUCAGGUUCAGGGUCAAGAUCAAGUUCAAGUUCUAGUUCAAGCUCAAGCUCAGGUUCAACUUCCUCAGGUAAUGGUGGUGCAGGUUCAGAAGCAGGCUCAUAUGCUGGAUCAAGAGCUGGUUCUGGUUCUGGUAAUCGAGGUGGAUCAAGUGAGGGAGGCUCAGAAGCAGGCUCAUAUGCUGGAUCAAGAGCUGGUUCCGGUUCCGGUAAUUAAUAGUCCUAGAUACGUAAGGAUAUCAUGUAGCUAUGGUGAAGGAAAUGGUAACUAAAUAUUACAUUAGAAAAAAUAAAUAAUAGCUUAUACUACUUUAAUUUGAAAUGAAAAAAAAAAUAAAGAAUAGACUGCAUGAAGUCCUAUAUAUAUAUAGUACGUAAUGUGUCCCUUGUGUUAGUUAAUUUGUAUUGUCAUCACUUGUGUAUUAUAUUUUGUUUAAAUCAAUAGAUGAAUAUAAGUUUGGUUUGUGUUUAUA